AUGGCUAUUCGGGAUGAUGAAAUCCAGAAUUUAACUGAUGGGGAUGUGGAGGAAACUGAUAUAUUGCAGGAUGAGUUUAUAGUGGAACCUGAUGACAUCACUCAGGCUGAGGAGACAGGGGUCAAGAGUGUUACUAUUGGAGAAGAGGACAAGAAGAAAGGAGCUCGGAAGGUUUUGUUUAGGCAGUGGGUUAUGGUCGGGACGUCUAGGAAGAAGUUUGUGCAGGCAGUGCUCUCACCUUGCAAACGUACAAACGCCAAGACAGGUACCAGCCAAGGAGAUGGCACGAAACAGGUGGAGGCCAAGGGUCCCUCAAACCCAAAGCCUAGUUCUACUAAACAGUAA